AGCUUGCCUACUUCAGUCUCUCAAUACCAUUACUUGUGGCACUAAACCCGCCUCUGUCGCUCCUUACCUUCGAAUCUAUAUAUCAUCAUGGGAGCUAACUUGUCAAAGGCGCUCGGCAGAUUGUUCGGCAACAAGGAGAUGAGGUUGCUGAUGCUUGGUCUUGAUGCCGCAGGGAAGACAACUAUUCUUUAUAAACUCAAAUUGAACCAGUCUGUGACAACCAUACCUACGGUCGGUUUCAACGUGGAAACCGUUACCUACAAGAAUGUGAAGUUCAAUACAAGAUUCGACCGCUUGUGGAGACACUACUACACAGGUACCCAAGGGCUUGUGUUCGUCGUCGACAGCCAAGACCGAGAGAGAAUCGAUGAAGCAAAGCAGGAGUUGCAUCGCAUAUUGAGCGACAGGGAAAUGAAGGAAUGUCUAUUGCUCGUGUUUUCGAACAAACAGGAUCUUCCAGGAGCUAUGUCACCCGCCGAGGUGACUGAAAAGUUGGGUCUCCACCGCAUGCGGGAUCGUUCUUGGUAUGUUCACCCAAGUUGUGCCACGACGGGUGAAGGACUGUUCGAGGGCCUCCAAUGGUUGAACCAGAACGUGAAGAAACGCCAACCAUGAACGAUGCAGCAGAACGCGCAAGACUAGUGAUACCCUCGUCCGUACCGCCCUAUCUCGAUACAACUCGGUCUUCGUCUCGUUGACACCCACGUUAUGCUCUCUCUUAUGGCCUGCACGACUCUGCAUGUAUGACAGACUACCCCUUAUAUGUCUGAGCUGUCUUCUUCCUUUUUUCUUCUUCUUUUUCCUUGCUCGUGGGUACUAGAUACAUCUGAGCACUUUUUCUGUUUUUCUUGAUGUCUUUAUCUCUGCAUCUUAAUGGAUGGUUUUGCUCCUUGAUGUGACGAUACGUUCUUCAUACAUGGUUAUUACCGUAUAAUUCGCUUUCGGAGAUAGCUCAAUACAAUGAGCAAUGAGGAUGAUCGGUGAUAU